AUGUCUAACGACUUCUUGCAAUCUUCCCCCUCACGUCAUAUGAUUGACCCGGCCAUUUAUAACUCGUUUCCUGAUAUGCAAGAGGAUCGGAACCCUACUAAUUCUCAUGCUGGAAAUGGAAAUACUCUGCAGCAUCAGCAACAUCCCCAGUCACAGCCGUCGGCCGGGCCCCCAUCAGCUCAGAAAAGUCACAAUCAGUUGCCCUCAAAUUUAACAGGAUGGACUCCAUUGAUUUCAAAGACAAUAUUUAAUGAUCAAUUAAUUUCAUAUAACUCCACUCCAAGUGGGAAAUUUUUCAAUGGGGUGUUGUCUGGUCAUGUAAACAAUGAAAUUGAUUAUGCGCAAGGACUAAAUUUAACCCCAUUCUUGACUCACAAUUUGAAUAUUCCAAAUUCUAAUUCCCAUAUGAAUGGAAUAAGUAAUAUCACUCCGUUUCAUGACAAAACAUUACAUUUAACCGACUUCUUUAUGGACUCUCCAAUCAAACAGACUCCUAUUAAGAAUAUUGAUACUAUCACUCCAUCAAAAUUCAAGAUUGGAAGCGAAAGAAAAUAUUUAAAACAGUCUGUUUUCCAGGACCCGAAGAGUACACUGAAACGAUCCAUUACUCAGAUAGAUACUCCCCCAAGGCAGCCUCAUAAAGUAUCUAUCUUAAACAAGCAAGAAGCAAGAUAUGAAAAAAAUAAUAUCAUCGAUGAUAGAGUAGAGAGUAAAGAUGAAGAGGAAGACGACGAAGGUGAUGAUGAAGAAAAUGAGAAAAAGGGUAAUAGAAAAUCUAUAAGUAAAAGCAAGUUAUAUGGUCAGAAUUUACAAACUCCAUCAAAAACAGUUUUAAAAGAUAUUUCGAAUAUUAACAAAAACCAAGGUAAAUCAACACCAAUACCAAAGAAUUCAAAGAAAACCAAGGAAUCUUUCGAGACUCCCUCUAAGCAAAUUCCCGACUCUUCACCUUCUACAGUUAUAAUGUCAAGUGCAGUUAAUUCGCCGCCAUCAAAACCUUUGACGACUAAUGAUAUUGAUAAUGCAAAAAAUGUCACUGUCAAAUAUUCAACAACAACUCAAAACUUACCUCCAAGUCCAACUCCUAAGAAAGAGAUAGCAAACAAUUCUGAUAAUGUUGAUGUAUUAAAACCUACUAUGGGUGUAUUUUCCGAGAAGAAGUCAAAGCCACUUAAAACCAAACCAGCUGUUUUUAAGAAUUUGUCUAGUGAAUCGACGGGUACGUCCAGUUCUAUGAAUACCAAGACAAAAAGUAAUAGUAAGACUCAAAUGCAAGCUGGUAUGAAUAAAUUUCAAAUAGUUUUUACUGAUGUUCAUACCUUGAUGAACAAAAAGAAUAAACUGAAAAAAGUGAACAAUGCACCUGCAAACCCUAAAUUAAAAAGAUCACAAUCAACUAAUAGAUCCAAAGACGAACUGUUUCAUAUUAAUGAUAAUGCCAAACCAAGGAGCUUAACCAGAUCAGCAACAGCACCAGUCUCCAAUCAGCAAUCUUAUCAAAGUACACGUAAAACGGGUUCUUCUCACGACCACAACGUAUCUAUGAAUACAAGCUCAAAAGAGGUAAGCCUUAUAUCAGGUAAUAGUAACUCAAUGAAUACUAGUAACUUGAAUAUGUCAUCCACAGACCAUUCGUCUUUUGAACUAGGUGGAUUGUCUUCAACCCCGAAUGGUAAAUAUUUUUUGGAUAAAAUGUUUGACAAACCUUCUCCGCAAUCACAACAGAAUUUAAACGCCAACCAGUAUUAUUCCAUGCAUCAACAUUCUUUGUCGAAUAUGCCACCCCCAAAUCCUAAUACAUCAAGACCUCCACCAACAGUAGCACAGCACAAUUUACUGCAUGCACAACAACAGCAGCAACAUCCAAUGAUGAUGAUGAUGAUGAUGAUGAGUACUCCUCAACAUCAAAAUGUUGUUAACUAUGGUUCAAAUGUUUACAACUCUACUAAUGAAAUAUCUCCUACAUCAGACAACCAAUUUGCAUCCAAUUCUAACCUUUCCAGCUUUUCGUAUCAACCUUACCCAAAGAGUGGAACCCCUUCUCAUAGUAUGAUGGGACCUAUGGUUGCAAAUCAGAAGGAAUCAUCGCAAUAUUCGCAAUUAAUUCCGGUGUCGACAAGUGAUGAGGACGACGAUGUGUUAUUAAAGAGGGAGGAGGAGGACAGUGUAUGA